CUUCUAUCGGUUUCUGAAAAUGUUCAAGUAUAAGACCCGAGUGAUCUUCACAAUGUCAUUUCAAAGCUUUCUGGUACUCUUUCUAGCAACAUCGGCCAGCACCAGCUACGUCCCCAGCAUGGCCCUAAGAUAUCAGUCUGGUUGGACCACAGCCUCGCCUGCCAAUAUUGGUCGGCAAGAACUGAAGAACUACCAAGUCGAUGCACUUACAUGGUCAACGACUAGAAAACAUAUCAUCGAAGGGAGGGGUAGUCUAAUUGCAAGAGAGGAAGACUGUGAUAAGAAGCUUGCGCUCGCCCGCCAAAAGUAUCCCGGAAGCGGAAAGGCUAGGGAGUACGUCAAGUCGCAGCUUGAUUGGACCAACUUGGACCCCGACACCAACAAAAAUCUAUGGGAGGAGGGGGUCUACAACAACCCACUUUUUGCUCAAUUCAGGCUCAAUGAAUUUCCGUACGCUUUACCACCUGAUGUGACUCACUGGGUCUAUUGGCUGCGGGUGCCCGCCGUAUCGACCAAGUUUUUCUCUCCAUUGCGCCAUGAGACCGUGCCACAUCAAGAUUUCUUGAACCCAGUAAGGGUAGCCGCGCUGACAAACUAUAUCAACCAUUACGAUUUUUACGGGUCUUCUGGGACUUCCGAACGCGUUUUACGGCAUCUUCGCCCUUCAAGUUUUGCUCAUCCCUCUGAUCACGUGGUCUGGGAGGACCCUGUAUCAAGAGAAAGAGUGACCCGUGUGGAGGGGGCUCAAGCCAUAAAGUGGGCCGGAAGACAUAUCGUCAAGGCUAUCCAAUCUCGAUUUCCCCCAGAAAAAUAUGAAGUCUUGUUCAAUCGAGCGCCGGAGCGUUGGAAAAGCGUCGUCGAACCAGAUCACUUUCAUGUGUUGGUCUUCCCAAAAGUUCAAGAUUCCUAUUCACUAGAGAAAAGUCGGUUCUCUGCGGAAAACCUUCUUAAAGCCUACUGGGUAUUCAAUUUGAUUCCCUAG